UACACGCAAAGAAGCGGAUAUCGCGCGACAGAAUGGCUCGCAUCUACUUGGCAGAGCUUCUGCUGCAUCUUUUGCUACUCACGGGAACGCUGAUGACUGCGACGUCGCUGAAGCUCCUCGACGUUCAGAUACCACGGACAGUCGAAGAGGGCGAAGCGGUUCGGCUGAGCUGCGCUCAUGACCUGGAGGGAGAACUCCCCUACUCAACCACGUGGACCAAAAACGGCGUGGAGUUCUACCAACAUACUCAAUCAGGCGGAAAGUUCUUCCAGUUGUCUGGAGCUGAUCUGAACCUGCAACAAAGUAGCGCGACAUCCGUGCAACUCGAAAACGUGACCAAGGAGUUCGAAGGAAAGUACGGCUGUGAAGUUGUCACCGCAGCGCCAUAUUUCCACGUCGUUAGAGGAAGCGGGCCAAUCAGCGUCGUCGAAAAAGGAGAUGCCACGAGUACGGGUGACGUUCAGCUCCUCGGUCUGGAUGUGCCGGCGUACGCCGUUUCGGGAGGAAGCGCCAGGUUGCGCUGCCGCUUCAGGCUCGGGGACUCCCCACUCUACUCCGUCAAGUGGUACAAAGGAACUCGCGAGUUCUUUCGCUACGUCCCGAGCGAGAACCCACCCAAGAAAUAUUUUAUACUGAGCGGGAUUCGGGUAAACGUUACGGAAAGUGACGAGUCGUCGGUGCUUCUGGAACAUCUGGCUUUGCACAACGGGGGAACAUACCAAUGCGAGGUCUCCACUGACGCUCCUUCCUUUAAAGUUGUGGCCGGCGAAGGGAUCCUUAACGUGACAGAUUUACCGAAGAAGGGUCCAUAUAUAAGAGACGCCCGGACGCAUUACAACAUAGGCGACACAGUGGACAUCGACUGCGUUUCCCCCUGGUCCAAGCCAGCGGUCAACUUCAAUUGGUACCUCAAUGCGCUUCCCGCCGAACCUCCCGACUUCGAAAUCAGAAACCUUUCAAUUUCGCACCACGGCGUCCUCAAGUCUGUCAGCAGACUCCGCCUCAAGGUCAGUGAGGACCAAUUUAUCAACGGAACACUCUCCACCAAGUGCGUGGCUAAGAUUCCCAAUGUGUACAUGGGGUCCGACGAGAAGGUCGUUCACCAAAGGUCUGAUGGCGCAGACGCUACAACGCCAACCAAGAGUGCUGACGACGAGUGCCUUUCCAAGUUGAUUUCCGUCUUUAGGAAGGUAUGGGCUUCCUAUCAGUAAACAAAUAUACUGCGUUUCACUUUAAGUUCGAUAGAAGCCGACGCUACAAUCUGAUGGAACAUUCAAGCAGAGUUAAAAGUGUAUUUUCACGGAGCUCGUUGUAUUGUGUGUAUGCCAUCACAAACUGAACCAAUCACGCACACAAAAAAAAAGCGCAGGAUCGCGGAAAAUUUAAAUGCGUGUGAUCAGUAUAUCAAACGCACAAGGGCGAUGAGUGCCGCACUACUUGAUUUGCUCCGUCGGGGCGUAGCAUCGGCUGUAGUCUGAAUUUAAGUGAAACUCUGUCGCAGCAAAUAUUGAGUCCGUGUUUGCCAGCUGUCCUCUUCGCUGGAACCGAAUAGCGGGUCAUCGAAUGGUUUACUUCCACCUAAACAAAAACAAAAUAAAAUAUUUUAAAAGGUCGAA